AUUGGAAUUGCGCUAUUUGAUCAUUUCUGAGAAAACUAAUAGUCAUAUAAAUAGCCGUUGAAGAUCCAGAGAGAGUCCGAGUGAAGCGUAAAACCCACUUUCACUUUGCCUCUUCUCUCUCAAAAUCACCCCCAUAUAUACUUUAAUCACUUCUCUCCCUGAAAAAGGAAGAAACCAAGAAUAAAGAUCAAGAAAAUUCUUAUCACAUUCAAGACCCAUUUCAAUUCUCUCUCGAUCGCUCUCUCUCUCUCUCUCUCUCUCUCUCUCUCUCUCUCUGUCUGUCUCUCUCACUUGUUCUCUAUGCCCACUAAUUUUAAUUUGAUGGAUGCAGGACGAUACAGAUCAUCGCUUCGAUCUCCUCUGUCUGAUCAAAUGCCCCUCAGGAAAAAACCUCGUCGUGAUCUGGACAGAUUUAUCCCGAAUCGGUCAGCAAUGGACUUUGACUUUGCGCACUUUAUGCUUACAGGGGGAAAGGUAGAGAAGGAAUGUGCUGCUCAGUGUUCUCCCUCCAAAUGCGCCUACAGGAAGCAUCUUGCGGAAAUUUUCAAUAUCAAUCGGUCAAGGAUCCUUUCUUUUAAGGACAAGGACUCCCCUUCAAAAGAUGUUUUCCAAGAAUCUUUCUCACCUGCACAGACUCCUGCUAAACGACGGAGACACAUUCCCACUUCUGCAGAAAAAACGUUGGAUGCCCCUGAUCUACUUGACGAUUUCUAUCUGAAUUUGCUGGACUGGGGUAGUGGCAACUUUCUGGCUAUUGCCCUUGGGAAUUUAGUGUAUCUGUGGAAUGCCAUGAAUGGUGAUGCGUCUGUACUUGUUGCGGUUGAAGAUGAUGUAGGGCCUGUGACUAGUGUCAGAUGGGCGCCAGAUGGAAGACACCUUGCUGUCGGCUUUACUAAUUCCCAUGUCCAGAUAUGGGACUCCUCAACCAGUAAAUUAGUGAGAACUCUGAAAGGUCACAGAUUAAGGGUGGGAUCACUUGAUUGGAAUAACAGCAUUUUGACCACUGGGGGAAUGGACUGCUUGAUCAUUAAUAAUGACUUGAGGAUAAGAUCCCAUGGCAUUAAUGUGUAUGAAGGACAUAGUCAGGAAGUUUGUGGAUUGAAAUGGUCCGUCUCAGGAAAGGAAUUAGCGAGUGGGGGAAAUGACAAUCUUAUUCACAUCUGGAACAUGUCAAUGGCCUCUACAAAUUCUGCCACCCAAUGGCGUCAUCGCAUGGAAGAACACACUUCAGCUGUAAAAGCUCUUGCCUGGUGCCCCUUCCAAAGUAACUUGCUCGCUUCUGGGGGUGGUGUAGGAGAUCAAAGCAUCAAAUUUUGGAACAGUAACACUGGAGCGUGCUUAAAUUCAGUUAACACAGGUUCACAGGUCUGUUGUCUGCUUUGGAACAGACACGAGCAUGAACUUUUGAGCUCCCAUGGCUUCAAUGAUAACCAACUCAUACUGUGGAAGUACCCUUCCAUGCUUAAGUUAUCAGAGCUUUACGGACAUACAAAAAGAGUUCUUUAUAUGACUCAGAGUCCGGAUGGGUAUACCGUUGCGUCUGGGGCGCCUGAUGAGACAUUAAGAUUAUGGAAAGUUUUUGGGGACCCUGGAAAGGUUAAACCUGCAGCCAAGAUGACAGAGCCGUUUCCUAAUGUUGCACGUAUCAGAUGAGUGUUGAUACCUACAGCCUACAGGGAUGAUUUGAGUCCUACUCGUCGGACCUGUUAUUGAUUCUACAGUUGAGCAAUAUAUUUUUCGUUGCUCUUAUACAUGUUUUUCCGGGUACUGUUGAAUGUGGAGUUUUACACUGUACAGAAUAAAUUUGAAGGCCUAUACUUUUCUUUUAAAGAAAAAUCAGUAUAUAAUACUUUCAUGACGAA